CGGCCGCGCCGUCCGCCCGCGUGUCGCGAUGCGUCCCCCGCACCACCCCCGCCUCCGCCGCAGAGUGUCGCGCGAUCGCGCCGCGUACUAGUGUCGACCCGCGAUGUGCGCGCCCGCACGCUCUCACUCACCUCGCGCGUAUUCGCGGUUUCUCUAAUUGUUCCGCGACAAGUUUGGGUGUACUCUUGGCGCCGUGCUCGGUGACUCCUGCAGUGUUGAUAAGUGUAAGUGCCAACUUUGAACGCGCUAUCAGCUGAGCGCGCGAGUUAUUCGCUUCGCCGACAUCACCACUGCCGUCGACGACGCCGCCACUACCGCCCAGCGACUCCUCCACCACUAGGUGGUGCGGUCGCGCGGGCGGCGCAGGAUGUGCGCGUGUUCGUGGCGCCUGCAUGCGCUCACCGCGCUACUGGUGCUCGCCGCGCACCUCAUCAAAGUGUUGUCGUGUGGAGAGGUUGGGGGCGCGGUGGGUGGCGCGCGGCUGCACAAACGCUACGUGGGCCUCUACACGGGACCCUACUUCGACCCCUCUGCGCCCAACAACAUCACCACGCAGCUCGGCACGCACGCCUACUUGCCCUGCAAGGUGCGGCAGCUGAGCAACAAGUCUGUGUCGUGGAUCCGACGGCGCGACGCGCACAUUCUGACGGUAGACCGGUUCACGUUCAUCGCCGAUGAGCGGUUUCAGGCCUUCCUCGUGGAGGCCACCGACACGUGGACCCUGCAGGUGAAGUACGUGCAGGCGCGCGACGCCGGCGUGUACGAGUGCCAGGUCGGCACCGAGCCCAAAAUGAGCCACUUCGUGCAGCUCAACGUUGUCGUGCCAAAAAUCGAAAUAAUGGGCGAGUCGGACUUGUACGUGAAAGCGGGCAGCACGGUGAGCCUGAAAUGCGUGAUCACGCAGGCGCUCGAGGAGCCCGCCUACAUCUUCUGGUACCACAACGACGAGCGCGUGCUCAACUACGACCGCAGCCUCGUCGAGAUCCGCAUGGAGCGAGUCGCGCCCGACACCACGGUGGGCAACCUGAUCAUCUACAGCUCGCGGCGCGAGGACUCCGGCAACUACUCGUGCGCGCCCUCCAACCUCGACUCCGCCUCCGUGGUGCUGCACGUGCUCAGCGGCGAGCAGCCCGCGGCGAUGCAGCACGGAAACGCGUCCCCCCGCACGCCGCGCCCGCCGCCGCCGCCCGCGCUCGCACUUGCCGCUGGCGCGUGCGCAGUACUCGCUCCACGCCCGCCGCGCCGAACACUCGCGUUGCUCGCUGCGCUACUAGCGCUACUGUUGUUGCUGUGUCACGACGAGGACGAGCGCAAAUAGCGGAGCGACCGCCGUCCGCACCGCGUCUGUACAUAUACUGUAAACUUGUACAUACCUAUACAUACUAUAAAUAUAUAUUAUAAAUAUAGUUACUUAUUGAUUACAAAUAACAUUACGUAAGUAAGGGGAGGUUAUAGCGACAUCGAAAUUAUUACAUUGCUGCCGUCGCGCAGGGUGCGGACGGACCCGAUUGGAUUUGUUAAACAGUACAAACGAUAAAUCGAACCAAUGGAAUUGUGUGCCGUCGCUGUUAAGUUUUACGUCAGUUUGUUGGACGGUUCGUUUCAAGUGUGAUAUGAUUUGACGCCGACUCCGACAGCGGCGCGGGCGGCGACUGAGGGGGAGUGGGUCUAGUCUCUACGACCAGUGAUACAAUCGCUCGUCUUAACCGAGGACAAGCAUUGCCACGUAUGUUGAGUUGCCGUCCGUCCUUGUGUUGCCCGAUACCCUCAAUACAAAAAAAUAGGGUUUGCAAAGCGUCCACGGAAAAUAUUUACAAAUGUCCGAUUUAGACCCGGGCAUAUAGUGUAAAUCAACAAUUUUAUUUCAUUUCAAAAAUUGGUAUACAAAUUAUAAUUUUUUGGGGAAAAGCUAAGCUAUCUUGCCGGAAUAUCCGGGACUUUGUUCGGGUUUGUCCAACACAGUGCCCGGUGUCAGCUGAAAGCGUAGGUACAGUGUCGCGCGACCCCAAGCCCCUCCCCCCGGCCCGCCCGCGGCGCACGCGCCCGCGCCGCACGCGCCACGCUCCGGACCCGAGCGGGACGCUUGCGGGGCGACUCACUCGUAGUGGGAUCCUUUCACUGUUACUGCCUCACUUGUAAAUAUCGUACAUGUAAGUCAUAUGAAUAAAGAUGAGAUCGUUGAAACAUC